CCGCCCGGACGCCCGGACCCGCCGCCACCUCUGGAGCCCCGCCGCCCCGAGACCCAACGCCGCUCAAGAUGCCCGGCGGCUGCGUCCUCCUCGUCGCCUGGCUGCUCCUCGCCGCGGCCCUUUCGGCCACCCCGGGGCUCGGGUCACCGGUGAAGGAAAAGAGAGGCUGGACCCUGAACAGUGCUGGCUACCUUCUUGGUCCACAUGCCAUUGACAACCACAGAUCAUUUCAGGAGAAGCCUGGCCUCACGGGCAAGCGGGAACUCCCACCUGAAGACGAAGCAAGGCCAGGGGGCUUUGCCAGGCCGCUGUCCGAGAAGGCUGCCCUGCGCAUGAUAAUCGAGUUUCUGACUUUCUUGCAUCUCAAAGAGGCCGGGGCCCUGGAAUACAUGCCUGAGCUGCCGGCCGCGGUCUCCGCAGAGGACCAGGAGCAAGCCUGACCACGCUCUUGGGCUUGCUCCUCGGGGCCGUGUCGCCUACGGUCAAACUUGAACCCGAUGGAAAAUCUUGUGCCAACUUACGUAGAGUGACUAGUCCUGUCCCCUCGGCUCUAAUGCUGUGUCGUUAGGGUUUUGUUGUUAAGACUUUUUCCCCCUUUUGUCAUUCUUUUGAGCAGCAAAAUAAAAAAUAGCAAUGGC